AUGGCCAUGGAGAACUUGACCAUUUCGAACAGCUCUCUGUCUGCCCGGAUCUCAGCGGAUAUGCUAGCUGCCAGCACUGUUCUGGGAUUGUGCUGUGUGCUGGGUGUACCUGGUAAUAUAGUGGUGAUGGUGAUGCUUACCCAACAUUUAAAGGAGGGCAGCUUCACUCCACAACUGAUGCUGAGUCUGGCUGUGUCCGAUCUACUGAGUCUGAUUACUCUGCCUGUGUGGAUCUACGCCUUACUGAAUGGCUGGAUUUUUGGCCAAGGUCCAUGCAAGCUCGAGCGCUGAGAUGUGGAUACAGAAAGCAGUCAGACCAGCCACAUCCCCAUCAGAAUGAAACUGAGUAAACACAUUUUCACAGCAGCGCCU